ACGUGAUGGCGUCAGGCGCCCUGGGCGCAGCUUGGUGUUGUCUGUAACCCGGAGGCCGCAGGUCGUGUCUGAUCUUCUGGGGCUGCUGUGGCCGGGAGAAUCCCGCGCCGCGCUCCCCCCUCCCUUUGUGCUUGGAAAGGACCCUCACAGAGAGCUCAUCUGUGCCGCAUCUGAGAACAGAUCAGUCCCAGCACUGGUCACAGGGAAGACUAUGGGUGCCAGAGGUGAUGUCACAUGCUGUAAAGAGUGUCGGUGAGCGGGUCCUGAGGAGGCUGAGAACCAGUUGGAAACCAUGAUUCAUCCAUUGAUACUGUUAGUGGCUGGAUGGUAAACACCAGGCUGUUGUCCUGAGCAGCCAGGUACAGGAUUAGAGUCAGGCUGCAGAGAGGAGGCUGUUGGGAAUGGCUGAGAAGUCUCUAAGGAGAGGAGGUUGCUGUUUACUGAUGGACAGAGUGUUUCAAAAGCAGUGAGGCCGGCUCAUCUAUUUCUUCUUUUAAUGUGUCAUGCGGUUCUCUCUGGAAGCGACUGUGUGAGUGGAAAUGCUCUCAGUGGUGGAAAAUGGACUGGACCCCCGGGCUGCCAUCCCGGUCAUCAAGAAGAAGCUGGUGGGGUCCAUGAAGGCGCUGCAGAAGCAGUACGUGUCCUCAGACACAGUGGUCACCAGCGAAGACGGAGAUGCCAACAGCAUGUGCAGCGCCCUGGAGGCCGUGUUCAUCCACGGCCUACAUGCCAAGCACAUCCGGGCCGAGGCCGGGGGCAAAAGGAAGAAGAGCGCCUACCAGAAGCCCCUGCCUCAGCCUGUCUUCUGGCCCCUCCUGAAAGCUGUCACCCACAAACACAUCAUCUCGGAGUUGGAGCACCUGGUCUUUGUCAGCACGGACGUGGGCCGCUGCCGCGCCUGGCUGCGCCUGGCCCUCAACGACGGCCUCAUGGAGUGCUACCUGAAGCUGCUCCUCCAGGAGCCGGCCCAGCUGUGCGAGUACUACCAGCCCACCGCCCUGCUUCGGGACGUGGAGGAGAGCGAGUUCCUCCUCAGCUUCCUGCAGGGGCUCACGUCCUUGUCCUUCGAACUCUCCUACAAGUCAGCCAUCUUGAACGAGUGGACGCUCACCCCGCUGGCCCUCUCCGGGCUCUGCCCACUCUCUGAGCUCGACCCCCUCACUCCCUCUGGUACAGAACUCCAGCGGAAGGAGUCUCUGGAUUCCAUUUCCCAUUCCUCAGGCUCAGAGGACAUCGAAGUCCAGCACUCGGGCCAUAAGAUCCAACGGAACAGGCAGCUCACUGCCUCAUCCCUCAGCCUGGACACGGCCAGCUCGUCCCAGCUGUCCUGCAGCCUGAACUCCGACAGCCUCCCGCUGCAGGAGAAUGGUUCCAAGAGCCCAGACCACUCGGAGGAGCCCAUGUCAUACGACUCAGACCUGGGGACAGCCAAUGCUGAUGAUUCAGACCCGUCUCUGCAGGAGGUAUUGUCAGAGUUCAGCAAAGCCCAAGUAAACAAUGUGCCAACCAACGGACUGAGCCAAGAAACGGAGGGCCCUGCGCCGCCGCAGGCCUUCCCGUCCCUCCACGGCCUCCGCCUCGACACCAGCACACCCCUGCGCUUCCUUGUGCCGGCAGAGCCCCUCCCUGCCCAGGCAGCCUCUGGGGCUCGGGAUGGCGGCCACAGGCAGGAGCCGCCUUCCCAGACACCCGGCACCCUGGGCUUGCAGCAUCUGGGCACUGCCCACGCUGUCACUUCGGGGAGCAUCUCAGACCAGCAGCCCCCCGGUCCUGUGAGAGCAGUCGGCCAAGGGAGCGGCCCGCAGCAGCCUUCGGGGGACGGCGGAGCUGGACUGAGCCUCGUGGUUUCCUCACCCACCAGCCCGAAAGGCAAGAGCUGGAUCUCGGAAGAUGACUUCUACCGGCCUCCCCAGGAGCGACCCCCAGAGAGCCCUUCCAGUCCUUCCGAUCGCUCCGUAGCUUCUUCCGGGGGUACUCCAGAGUCCAGGCCUGGUCUCCUCAGGCAUUUUUCUCAAGGACCAAGAAAAAGCUCCUCCAUGGGGGCCUUAGACAAAGCUUGUGUGCCUUCUCCAGGAAGCAGGAAAAGCAAGACAGCCACAGCGUGGGAGCAUAAGAACUUCCGGGUGGUGCACCGCAGGCAGAUGGGACUGUCCAACCCGUUCCGGGGUCUCAUGAAGCUGGGCACCGUGGAGCGGCGGGGGGCGAUGGGCAUCUGGAAGGAACUCUUCUGUGAGCUCUCCCCACUGGAGUUCCGCCUCUACCUGAACGGCGAAGAGCGCACCUGCGUGGAGAACUGCUCGCUGCUGCGCUGUGAGUCUGUGGGGCCAGCCCACAGCGACGGCCGCUUCGAGCUGGUCUUCUCCGGCAAGAAGCUGACCCUGCGCGCCUCCUCCCAGGACGAGGCCGAGGACUGGCUGGACCGCGUGCAGGAGGCCCUGCAGAAGUGCCGGCCCCAGCAGGAGGAGGAGUGGGUGGACAUCCAGUACCCGGAGCGGCCCGACGACCUUUCCGAUGGCCCCCAGGGUGGCCUCCCCUCCCAUUCGGACCUGCUCACAGAGCCCGAAACCUUUCAGGGCACACAGCUCGACUGGUCCUCUGCCCAGGUUCCCGAGCCAGAUGCUCUUAAAGAAUCCCUCUUGUACUUGUACGCAGACAGGACCUGGACACCCUAUAUUUUUUCCUUGUCCUUGGAGUCCCUGAAAUGCUUCCGCGUGAGAAACAAUGAGAAGAUGUUGAGUGACAGCCACGGAGUUGAGACCAUACGAGAUAUCCUGCCAGACACGAGCCUCGGGGGCCCGUCCUUCUUCAAAAUCAUCACGGCCAAGGCCAUCCUGAAGCUGCAGGCCAGCAACGCGGAGGAGGCCGCCUUGUGGAGGGAUCUGGUGCGCAAGGUCCUGGCGUCCUACCUGGAGACAGCCGAGGAGGCAGUGACCCUGGGCGGGAGCCUGGACGAAAACUGUCAGGAGGUGCUGAAGUUCGCCACAGGGGAGAACGGCUUCCUGCUGCAGUACCUGGUGGCCAUCCCCACCGAGAAGGGCCUCGACUCCCAGGGCUGCUUCUGCGCAGGCUGCUCCCGGCAGAUCGGCUUCUCAUUUGUACGACCCAAGCUCUGUGCCUUCUCCGGCCUCUAUUACUGUGACAUCUGCCACCAAGACGAUGCCUCGGUGAUUCCGGCCAGGAUCAUCCACAACUGGGACCUCACCAAGCGCCCGAUUUGUCGGCAGGCCCUGAAGUUCCUGACGCAGAUCCGAGCCCACCCCCUCAUCAACCUGCAGCUGGUGAACCCAUCUCUGUACGAACAUGAGGAGCGGAUGCAUCUCAUCCGGCAGAGCCGGGAGCAGCUGAAGCUGCUGGGGGAUUACCUGGGCCUGUGCCGAAGCGGAGCCCUGAAGGAGCUAAGCAAAAGGCUCAACCACAGGAACUAUCUCCUGGAGUCUCCCCACAAGUACAGUGUCGCUGACCUCCAGCAGAUCUCAGAAGGGACGUAUGAAGGGUUCCUCAAGGCUCUGAUUGAGUUUGCCUCCCAGCACGUCCACCACUGUGACCUCUGCACCCAGCGCGGCUUCAUCUGCCAGAUCUGCCACCACCAUGACAUCAUCUUCCCCUUUGAGUUUGACACCACGGUCAGGUGUGGCGAAUGCAAGACCGUCUUCCACCAGAACUGCCAGGCCGUGGUGAAGGGCUGCCCCCGCUGUGCCCGCCGGCGCAAGUACCAAGAACAGAACACUGUCACCUAGCCCCGACUCCUGUCCCCAACCCAGAGGCCUCGCGGUGAGGGGUCAGCGCUGCCAGCCGGGGCUCCUCCCUGUCGGUGUCACAGCCGUCUCCCUGUGGGGAGGACUCUCAGGCCUGACCAGAGCACGGGC